UUUAAAAAUGCCAAUUUAAAAACUGAGUUGAGAUAGUUUCUUCAGUGAAAUAUGCCUCCAGAAAAGUCCGUUUGAAUUAUAAAAUUCAAACGGACUAAAGCCUCUUUAGCCUGAUGACGAUCUACUGCGGUCUCCUGAUUGGCUCUGAGAGGUCACAUGAUGGCAUGACUCAGUAGAGUCUCCUGCUCUCCACGCUGCCUUCUUCCUCUCAUAGCAGGUGCCAGUGAUCCUUAACUGUAUCCCUCGUGGUGACCGACUAAACGAGAGAGAGGUUUCGGGAAAGCAAAAAGAAGACUCUUCAAAUAAAGCGACCUCGGUGACGCCGCGUGGCCUCCCGCCUCUGGUGAAAACAUUAGCCUAGCUUAGCUAACGCAGCUGCUAACGUAAACAACAUGAGGCAGCGCUUUCUCAGACAGUAACCAGGCUCAACAUUUGUGUCACAUUCAGUGACUGAGCUCUGUCCAGCAGAGAUGAAUAGUGAAAACUUCACCCUCAGUGAGAAGAUCGUCUCACCCUCCUACAUUCGACAGGGGUCUCAGGCUCGCCGUGGCCAUGAGCAGCUCAUCAGACACUUACUGGAGCAGGGAAAGUGCCCAGAAGAGGGAUGGAGUGAGAGCACCGUCGAGCUUUUUUUGAACGAGCUGGCUGUGAUGGACAGCAAUAACUUCCUGGGAAACUGUGGCGUAGGAGAGAGGGAGGGCCGGGUGGCAUCUGGGCUAGUGGCAAGAAGACAUUACAGGUUGAUCCAUGGUAUAGGUCGCUCAGGUGACAUCGCUGCUAUUCAGCCUAAAGCUGCAGGAUCAAGUCUGCUCAACAAGCUAACAAACUCAAUUGUGCUGGACAUACUGAAGCUCUCAGGUGUUCGUAGUGUGGCUAGCUGCUUUGUUGUUCCUAUGGCAACUGGAAUGAGCUUGACUCUGUGCUUCCUGACCCUUCGUCAUCAAAGGCCCAAAGCCCGCUACAUUAUUUGGCCCCGCAUUGACCAGAAGUCCUGUUUCAAAUCAAUGGUCACAGCAGGCUUUGAACCGAUUGUGGUAGAGAAUGUCCUCGAGGGCGAUGAGUUGAGGACAGAUUUGGAAACUGUGGAACGCAAGAUAAAGGAGCUUGGAGCCGAGAACAUCCUGUGUGUUCAUUCUACGACCUCCUGCUUUGCUCCGCGUGUCCCCGACAGGCUGGAGGAGCUGGCCACUAUGUGUGCCAAAUAUGACAUUCCCCACAUUGUCAACAAUGCAUACGGAGUACAGUCGUCCAAAUGCAUGCACCUUAUACAGCAGGGAGCUCGUGUGGGAAGAAUUGAUGCAUUUGUUCAGAGUUUGGACAAGAACUUCAUGGUUCCGGUAGGUGGCGCCAUAAUCGCAGGUUUUGACGAGUCCUUCAUUCAGGAGAUCAGCAAGAUGUACCCAGGUCGAGCUUCGGCUUCACCCUCACUUGACGUCCUCAUUACCCUUCUCACUCUGGGAGCCAGCGGCUAUAAGAAGUACCUUUCAGAAAGGAAGGAGAUUUAUUCAUUCCUGGCUCAGGAGCUGAAGAGUCUGGCCUCUGCACACGGGGAAAGAUUGCUUCACACCCCACACAACCCCAUUUCUCUGGCCAUGUCUCUAGAUGGUCUCCAGGCUGAAAGCGACAAGGCGGUGACUCAGCUGGGCUCCAUGUUAUUUACCCGACAAGUGUCCGGAGCCAGAUAUGUGGAGCACGGGGGUUUCACCGACAGCUCUCCGGCUGGAGCCCUGACUUAAUCAAUAAUGAAAGCGUACGGAGGGGAGCUGCAGCUGAUUUGCUGAUGUCAGGGAGCCAGUGCAGCAUUUCAUGGUGCAGGGUGUUAACGCACGGUGCCAUCAUCCGCCGUCGGUGCUCUCGACUGAAAAAAUCCUCACACAUGCAAGCCCGGCAAGAAAGAUGCUGCCAGCUCUCAAGAUUUGGGCAUUGUUGUCUGUGUCGCUGUACCUGUUUCAACCAGGGCAAAUGAAAAAGGCUUUUCGAUGUCCUUCAACAUGCAGCUGCUCCAAGGAGUCUAUCAUCUGCGUCGGGUCCUCCUACAUCCCCAGGAUUGCACCCACCGAAAUCAGCUCUUUGAGUAUCGUCAAUGGGACUUUCACUGAGGUCAAAGAAGCAAUGUUCUCUCACAUGCCAUCCCUCCAGCUGUUGCUUUUGAAUUCCAAUUCUCUAACAACUGUAAGGGAUGAUGCAUUUUCAGGCCUUGCACAUCUGGAAUACCUGUUCAUUGAGAGCAAUAAGCUUCAGACUACAUCUAAAUAUUCCUUCCGAGGUCUCAGGGACUUGACUCACUUAUCUUUGGCAAACAACAACAUCAAAGCCUUGCCCAGGGACCUCUUUAUUGACCUUGACUCAUUGAUCGAGCUUGACUUGCGAGGCAAUGCCUUUGAGUGUGACUGCAGAGCCAAAUGGCUCAUGACUUGGUUGAAGAACACCAAUGCUACAGUGUCGGAUGUCGUGUGUGCUGGACCAGAGGACAUGAAGGACAAGCGCCUCAAUGAUAUGAACAGCCUGCACAAUGAGUGCCUCUCAACAGAUUUUGUCCUUCAUCAGUCUUUGGCAGCUGAGUCUUUAUCCGUUGACACCUUCAGCUAUAAGAAUGACGUCUAUGUGACCAUUGCUGCUCCCAGUGCAGAAAGCUGCAUGGUUUUCCAAUGGGACCAUAUUGAAAUGAACUUCAGGACUUAUGAUAAUAUCACCGGUCAAUCCAUUGUAGGCUGCAAGUCAGUUGUCAUCCAAGAUGAAGUGUUUGUCAUUGUGGCUCAACUCUUUGGUGGGUCCCGCAUUUACAAGUUUGAUGACGACCAAAGCAGGUUCAAUAAGUUCCAGGACAUUGAAGUGUCCAAAAUCUCCAAGCCCAAUGACAUCGAGGCCUUCCAGAUUGGCUCUGACUGGUUCUUUGUGGUUGCUGAUAGCUCAAAAGCUGGCCUGUCUACCCUCUACAAGUGGAACGAUAAUGGCUUUUAUUCAUACCAGUCCCUGCACGAGUGGUACCGCGACACAGAUGCAGAGUUCUUAAACUUGGAUGGAAAAGCCCAUCUUAUUUUGGCCAGCCGCUCACAGGUUCCUGUGAUUUACCAGUGGAAUAGGAGUAACCAGAAGUUUAUCCUGCAAGGUGAGAUCCCCAACAUGGAGGACGUCGUAGCUGUGAAACACUUCAGGAUCAAGGAGGAGCUCUACUUGUCUAUGACACGCUACAUUGGCGACUCCAAAAUUCUGCGAUGGGGUCCCAAACAGUUUGCUGAGAUCCAGGCUUUGCCCUCACGAGGCUCUAUGAUUCUCCAGCCCUUCUCUUUCAAGGAACGAUACUACCUGGCUCUAGGAAGCGACUACACCUUCUCUCAAAUCUACCUAUGGGAUGAUGAAAAGAAACUCUUCGACCGCUUCAAGGAAGUGUACAUCCAAGCGCCGCGCUCCUUCACUGUGGUUUCCACUGACCGCAGAGACUUCAUAUUUUCAUCAAGCUUUAAAGGAAACACACAGAUUUUUGAACACAUUAUCCUUGACCUGAGCUUGUGAGGGGCUGUGCCUUAUUGUCCCUCCUGCAGUCAAAUGUCUUCCUCUAAAAAAUAUAUGUAUGAAAAGGGACAAAAAGGAAAGAACAUCAUGAACUGUUAAAUAUAUGACACAGGAGGGUCAAAAUUUAUUGAAAGCAUCAACCUUUUCUCUGUUAAUAUAUUUAUAAUGGUGAUAUUUACAUGACAUUUUCACAAGAUGGUGGUAAAGCCUUUAAGUACUCCACACAUGCAAAAAAAUCAAAGCAUGUAUAAGGAAGUGAGAGGACACAGGGAAUAAACAAAGGUUUUUUGUACAAAUCACAUAUAUUAUAUUCAAUUGGUUUUGGUAGCUUUAUUUUAUUUCCCUCUUUUAUUUUGCAAGUUUCUUCGGCUGUAUGUCUGGGGUAAUAUCCCUCUGAAAUGUCCAUCUUAGUACAGCCUUCAGCACCUUCCAGGUAGAUGGAAAUCGAUUCUUAUCAAAAAUGUGUGCCCAUUUCUCUAUUCAUCCUUAAAAAUUAUUUUACCAUAUGCUGAAAACAGCUCUAUAGCAUAAUCAUCAUGUGAAGUGCAACUUUCUUACUAUGAAAUAGGCUUGUUCAAAUGUUGUGCAGCAAAGUUAAAUCAAGAUUUAGCAGGCGUUUUCUUCAGAAGUGGAAAUUUAGCUGUUAAGCAAAUUAUCUGUUAUGUUCUUUGUAAAAGACUGCACCUGCUGAUUCCUAAGAUCAUUGGCUUUUGGGACACUUUUUAAAGUAUUCUUUUGAAUCUUCUGUCAGAAAUCUUGCAAGUAUCUCAGAAAUAUUCCGGCUGUAUAAAUAUGUAUGCAACAAACUAGUUACAAAGUUUUUGAGUAAGCUCUUUGCUUUUGCCCCUCCUACGUUGCUUCUUCUGAGAUGCUUUGGCAAUGAGAAACCUUAUAGACCAUUAGCAAGGAUUUAUUUUCAAAUUCUGACCCUUUUUACCUGUUUUCAAAAAAAUAUUUUAAAUAUUUCUCUUCAUGCUUUUAAUUGCUUGUAAUUUCACAUUCUCACAUAAAUUCUCAAAGGAUUUAUUUAUUCUGAUGCCUUUGUAUGUUUGGAGUACUUGGGUUGUUACUGAAGUCAGGUGAAAAUGCCAUGUCAACAGCCCAAUUAUAAAUAUAUUCACAAAAGAAAUGUUGUGUGCUUUUAAUACUUAUUUACCCUGAUGAAGUUUGGAUACGAAUUGGAGAAGGGUACAUUUUGUCCUGAUUAUUUCUUAAUGGCCUUGUCCUAUUAGCUACUGUCGUGGGUACUUAGACUUUAAGACUAUUUCACAAAGACAAGAAGCAUUUUAUAGAACGGUCCAGCUGAUAUGAAUGGUAGGACAAAAACAACAUUUGAUUUGGUUAGACCAAUGGUUUUCUGUUAAAUAUCACAAUUUUUAACCCCAUACUUAGAUCACCAGUACAUUAGAGAAUAUGUAGUUUUACUCGGAUUUAGGCCAUUUUGUGCCCUCUGACCCUGUGUUAAAUAAUGUACAGCAUGUUAACCUGUCAGAACAAGGGUUUUGUGUUCUGAUGGACUUACAGUGCCUCCCUCUGGCCGUGGUGAAGAAUCGCACCCCUAUUUCCAAACAGGGAAUGUCUUGAAAGCACAAACCUUUAAUUAGCAUAGGGCGGAUGGUUCGGUGUACAGGUGCAUCAGGGCAAAUUUAACUGUAGGUGCUACAGGCUGUAUUACAUACAGUAGUUUCAAAAGUGUUUGUUUUUGUAGGGAGUGAGAUAUUCAGGAAGUGAUGUGGCUGAUGUAGUCUCAAACAAACUCACUUAAAUAUAGUUCCCAUUUUGAUACAGCUUUUAGAUCAAAGUUUCAACAAGCGAAAGUAGAAUUUUUUGUUAAUCAGGGAAACUACUUUCUUUUGCCCCUGAUUUAGUAGUUUGAAAUAUGAACAAAUUGUUUUUAUUUUAUUUCAUUGAUUACAACAGAUUCAGACGCCUCGUCCAGAGACUGAAUGUGAUUGAGAGCAGGCAUAGAGACAUGAAAAUAAGAGGCCUCUACAGUAAGUCAUUCUGAAUGUUGAAAACAAUAACAUGUACAUAAAUUCAAGGUGCAAUGCCACUAACUGCUCUGAACAGAUCUUUGCACUUACAUAGAAAACUCAAAUGUUACUGCAGCUUGCAUAAGCAUGACAUUAAAAAAAGGUCAUUGUAAACUUUAUUUUUAGAGAAACUCAAUAAAGUGUUCAAGUGCUUUUAUUAAGUGAAUGAAAUUGCAAAUUAAAUUAAAAAAAAGGAAAUAUGCAAGCUUGACAGUUUUUUUAUAUGAUUUAGUUGUAAACAUGGUGAAUGUUACCCUUAAAUCUGCUGUACGUUUCAACAGCCGACUAACAAAAUAAAUGUGUUAAGAUAUUAUUGUAAGUUGUGUUUGAUCUUUUACUGAAUAACAAUGGUUGUAAAUAUCAGUUUAUUUUCAUGUCAGGAAUAAUCUGUCUUCAGAAUAAAGCUCAAAAUAUGAAUAACUACGCUUUCACAAA